AUGUUCGACCGCCUCCCGUACGAGCUGCUCCGCCGCAUCCUCGACGAGACGCACCCACCCCUGGCCGCCUCGUCAUUCGACUCGCCUCACGCCGCCACCCUCCGCCCCCGCCUGGCCUUCCUGGGCAGCGUCGAGCGCGUCUCCAAGGUCGUGCAGGUCGUCGCGCACGAGCUCCUGUGGCACGCGUUGUGGAUCCGCCCCGUCAUGGCCUCGUUCAUGGACCUCGACCGCAUCCUCGACCCGGCCUGCGAUGGGCGCGAUCUCGUGCGCGUGCUCAACUACGAGCGCCACGACAAGAGCCAAGCCGCUAUCCGGGUGCCUGUCGAGCUCGCGACGGUCAUGCAGGCUCUGAGCCAGAUGCACAAGGUCGUCGAGAUCUCGCUUCGCCAGCCCUACCCGGGCGGCAAGUUGCUCUUCCCCGAGCUGCUCAAGCGGCAGUGUCUGCGCUCGCUCAUCAUCGAGGGCGACCACCUCGAGCUGCUCGUCGCCCCGCAGUUCCUCGACUCGCUCGCCAUGCCCAUGCUCCGUCAUCUCGCCCUCGAGGGUAUCGUCCUGUCGUCGAGGGUCAUCGGUAUCUUGUUCAAGAGUCGCCACUUCCCCGUGCUCGAGACGGUCAGCAUCCAGCGCAUCAUCGUCAACGGCAUGUCCGCGUUUCCCGAGAUCGAGCCCGAGCUCCUGCAGCAGCUCAAGUCGAUCAACGUCGCGCUCGACGAGUGGCACCUGUGCCAGCCCGUCCUCGACGUCAAGGUCAAGCGCGUGCUCGUGCACGUCGACGGCCGCAUCUCGAGGAACAUGGAGCGCAACGCUCAGAGGGAUGGCAUCCCUUGGUCGCCUUCAUCGGUUCAUCUCGGCGUCCAGAACCUCGUCCUCAUGACGGAAGAGUCCGUGCUCUACGAUGGCGCGGUGCCCGAGCUCCUCGCCCGGGUCGCUCGCCUCGCGUCCCUCCUCGUCCAGAGUGGUUACGUCACGACCAUCUUUCGGGCCGUCACGCUCCGGAACAACGUGCCGAGGGCCCCUGUCGGCAGUCGGGCGGCCGAGCAGCAGUGGCGGUCGCUUAGGAGCGAGUGCUACAGCCACAAGGUCGGCAUCUACUACCUCGACGACGCCGCCGACUUCGAGUUCUGGCCGGCGUGGGCGCAAGCCAACCCGUCGCUGCGCAGGAUGGUCGCCGUCACGCAGGAGCGCGACUUGCGCCGCGAGGAGAAGGCUCGGCGCGGGCGCACCGGUCGGGCCUGA